CCGGUGCGAUGUGCCACGGGUCUUUGGGUAAUAUUUUUCGUCUUUCAUUCUGGUCAUUAUACGUUAGUUCCAUAUCCUCCGAAAGCGCAGGCUGAUUUUCAUUGGAACGGGUAACGCUUAGCUCCAUUAGAACUAUAUUUUUUUUUCUUCUAUUUUCUAUCUUAGAUAUAAGAGAAUUAUAGUUAAGGCAAUUACGUGCCUCACGAACACUACCCAAUCUGAUGGAAAACGGCAAAUUUUUUAUUCGCAUUACGUUCAAAAGAGGCCCACGCUUCACUUUGCAUGGUGUCAUCAUACAUACGGCUAUUCGUAUAAGUUAGUAUUCGUAAACUAAGAUUGGCUCGUUCCGAGUGUGCAUUGUUUCGUAAAUUGUGACCUGUAGAAAUUAAAGUCCCUGAGCUCGUUAAAUAUUGUGCCAUCAUGUCGAUAAAAUAUUAGUGGUAGUAUCUCGGAAGAAUUUUCUGUGAUAUCAUCAAAACGCUUAUGUUCGAAUUGUAAAAGUUUGUGUCAAGUCGAUAUACACGAGAGACGUAAUAUUAAUUUCUUCGAAACGUCAACGAGAUACAUAAAGAGAUCUUACGUAAUAUUUUUUAUUAGCUUUACGACGUUUUACGACAACUAAGUUCAAAUUUAUUGGAUUUUUCUUUUUAUACACGUAUGUGUGUACACACACACAUAUAUAUAUAUAUAUAUAUAUGUGUUAUAUAUAAUAUGUAUGUAUACAUUGAUACGUAUAUUUUUUUUUCUUUCUCGUCAAAUUUCGUACGUGAAAUUAUUAUGUUAGUAAAAAACAUGUUAAAGAAUCUCGUCCACAUAACGAAAUCCUUUACGUAGUAUACGUGACUGUUGCGUCGUAAGAUUUUAUGUUAAUUGCGCAUUUGACUGAAUAAUCGAAAAACUGACGCUGUGCAUUCUGGGUAAAAUUUCCGUGAGUAAUAAAAAUGGCUGUCUAACAACGAUUUCCGUUUCGCACAUUGGUUUUUUUCGACUAGCAGGCAAAAAGAAAAGUUUUAGAUCUAGUAUUAAUAGUAAUAUUAAAUAAAUCUGACUAGAUUUCUUUUUUUUUCCAAAUUUUCUUGUAAAAUGGUAAAUUCGUCGAUAUGUCAAAUUUAUUUGAAAGAAAACUAACGAGGGGGAUGGCGGGAAGGGUGCGCUGUAGUCGACUGGUAGGGGACAGGCCGAGCGUUGCAUGAUGGGAAGACGGAUGGGGGAGGGCGAAAGAACGAGCGGAGUUCACAAAAUGGAGGCCAAGCACAGGCCUGUGAACAUAUAGUACGUGAAAAUUCAAUAAUUUUGCACGAUGUCACGACGCUCUACAUCAUUAGUCGAUUAAUAUUGCGAACACGUGUGCACGGAUUAGUUUUUUUGUUAAAUUAACGUGAAUUUGUGCGUGGUGCGUCAGUUAUUCGAAGUUCAAUGCGACGCGUAGACGAAACGAUGCAGAAAACUAUUGAAUCUGAAUCUGGUAAGGAAUCUGGAUCUGACUCUGAAAACGAGAGUAAAAGUGACAGUUCCUCAUCUGGAAGUAAUUCAGGAUCUGCUUCUGCUACAGAUAGUGACUCUAGUUCCUCAAGCGGUUCUGGUUCUGGAUCUGGUUCCGAAUCUGAAAAAUCAGAGAGGUUGGAUGCACCUGCACAAAGUGAUAGUUUACAAAGCAAAUCCUCUAAUCACAGCACAGAUGCAAAACUUAGGCUUAAAAAUGAGUCUAGUCGUGAAUGGGACGAGAAUCCUGAUAUAUAUGGAAUUAGGAGAUCUGGACGUUCUAGGAAAGAACCCGAAAGACUUGCAACACAACGCGAAAGCGAUAGUGAUGGUCGCAAGAGAUAUAAAAAAAAGGGUUCACACAAUUCGUGGAAUUCAGAGAGUUCAGAAUCAGAAUCUGAUGAAUCAGAAAAUAGACGGCCACCACCUAGUAAAUCUUUAAACAGGCGAGCGGUACAAAAAUCUAAAGAAAAAGCUAGAGCACGAAAGAAGCGUAUCUCUGAAUCUUCUGAUAAUUCUUCAUUUGAUAGCGAUGAUAACAGAAGGCAAGUUACGAGAAGAACGGGUACUGCAGUUAGUUAUAAAGAAGAAAGCGAAGAAGGUACUGAUAGCGAAGAUUUGGUGGAAAUUGAUGAGACGACAACUACAAAUGCAGAACCUGAUAAUGCGGAAACGGUUGAAAGAAUUUUGGGACAGAGAAGAGGAAAAAAGGGUGUUACAGGAAAUGUCACCACAAUUUAUGCAGUAGAAGAAAAUGGUGAUCCCAAUCCAAAGGAUUUGAAGACCGAGGAGACUGAAACACAAUAUUUAAUUAAGUGGAAGGGUUGGUCGCAUAUACAUAAUACGUGGGAGUCAGAAGAAUCUUUAAAAGCACAAAAGGUUAAGGGAUUAAAAAAGUUAGAUAAUUUUAUAAAGCGCGAGCGAGAAAUUAAACAAUGGAGAGAAUAUGCAGGACCAGAGGAUAUAGAUUAUUUUGAAUGUCAGUUAGAAUUGCAACAAGAACUUUUAAAAAGUUAUAACAAUGUGGAAAGAAUUAUUGCUGAAUAUGAAAAGCCAGAUUCAGAACAUCCCGAUUAUUAUUGUAAGUGGGAAAGUUUGCCGUAUGCCGAGGCAACAUGGGAAGAUGGCGCAUUAAUAAUUAAAAAAUGGCCAGUAAAGAUAAAAGAAUUCCGAGAUAGAGAAGAUUCAAAAAGGACGCCAAGUAAACAUUGUAAAGUGCUUAAAAUCAGACCUAAGUUUCAUCAAUUAAAAGGACAGCCAGAAUAUAUGGGUAAAGGAAAAGAUUUAGUUUUAAGAGAUUACCAAAUGGACGGAUUAAAUUGGAUGAUCCAUUCUUGGUGCAAGGAAAAUAGUGUUAUUUUAGCAGAUGAAAUGGGUCUUGGAAAAACCAUACAAACCAUAUGCUUCCUUUAUUAUCUAUUUCAUACUCAUCAACUUCAUGGACCGUUUUUAUUAGUAGUACCUCUUUCAACAAUGACUUCCUGGCAAAGAGAAAUGGCCCAAUGGGCACCCGACAUGAACUUUGUUACGUAUUUGGGUGACGUAACAUCCCGAAAUGUCAUAAGAGAAUACGAAUGGUGUUAUAGUUCAAAAAGAUUAAAAUUUAAUGCAAUACUUACCACGUAUGAGAUAGUACUUAAAGAUAAAGCAUUUUUGGGUGCCUUAAAUUGGGCAGUACUUUUAGUGGAUGAAGCUCACAGAUUAAAAAAUGAUGAUUCACUUCUUUAUAAAGCUUUAUCCGAAUUUCAUACAAAUCAUCGUCUUUUAAUAACGGGUACUCCAUUACAAAACAGUUUGAAGGAGUUAUGGGCGUUACUUCAUUUCAUAAUGCCCGCUAAAUUUAAUUCUUGGGAAGAAUUUGAAAAGGAACACGACAAUGCUGCCCAAAAAGGUUAUUCUAAGUUACACAAACAAUUAGAACCUUUUAUCUUAAGGCGUGUUAAAAAGGACGUGGAGAAAUCAUUACCUGCGAAGGUCGAGCAAAUUCUACGCGUAGAAAUGACUUCUUUGCAAAAACAGUAUUACAAGUGGAUAUUGACAAAAAACUACAAUGCCUUGCGCAAGGGCGUUAAAGGUUCUACUAUGACCUUUCUCAACAUAGUAAUAGAACUUAAAAAAUGUUGUAAUCAUGCUUUUUUAACGAAACCUACUGAAAGUGAAAGAAAAGAUAAUAAUGAUGACUAUUUACAACAAUUGAUUAGAGGUUCAGGAAAAUUGGUCCUUUUGGAUAAACUGUUAGUGCGACUUCGUGAAACUGGACAUAGAGUAUUAAUAUUUAGUCAGAUGGUAAGGAUGUUAGAUAUUCUUGGGGAAUAUUUGCAAAAACGACACUUUCCUUUUCAACGAUUAGAUGGAAGUAUAAAAGGAGAAUUGAGAAAACAAGCAUUAGAUCAUUUUAACGCCGAGGGUUCGCCAGAUUUUUGUUUUUUAUUAUCAACCAGAGCUGGUGGACUCGGCAUCAAUCUUGCCACAGCUGAUACCGUGAUCAUCUUUGAUUCGGAUUGGAAUCCACAAAAUGAUUUACAAGCUCAAGCAAGAGCCCAUAGAAUUGGACAAAAAAAUCAAGUUAACAUUUAUCGAUUGGUAACUAAAAAUUCUGUUGAAGAAGAAAUUGUUGAACGAGCGAAACAAAAGAUGGUUCUUGAUCAUUUGGUUAUACAAAGAAUGGAUACAACUGGAAGAACGGUUUUAGAUAAAAAAAAUGCGGGGACCAAUAAUAACCCAUUUAAUAAGGAAGAUUUAAAUGCUAUAUUAAAAUUUGGAGCAGAAGAAUUGUUUAAAGACGAGGAGGAUGGGGAUGAAGAACCUACGUGCGACAUCGAUGAAAUUUUAAGAAGAGCCGAGACUAGGGACGAAGGGCCUACUACCGUAGGUGACGAGCUUUUGUCGGCAUUUAAAGUUGCCAGUUUCGCUGCAUUCGAGGAGGAAUCGGAACCUGUUAGUCAACCUAACGAUAAUGACGAUGAAAGUAAAGACUGGGCUGAGAUAAUACCAGAAAAUUUUCGGAAAAAAGUCGAAGAAGAAGAAAAGUCUAAGGAAAUGGAGGAUCUUUAUCUUCCGCCAAGAAGUCGUAAGACGCUACAACAAAUCAAUCAAACUGGUGAUGGUAGAGGUAGAAAGAGGAAAAAGACGCCGGAUGAUAGCGAGGAAGGUGAAGAGUCCGGAAGCGAAGUGGAAGGUAGCGACGAUGACAGACCUAAGAAGAGAGGUAGACCAAGGGUUACGCCUCGCGAGAACAUAAAGAGUUUCACUGAUGCGGAAAUUCGAAGAUUCGUCAAAAGUUAUAAGAAAUUUACAGCGCCUUUAAAAAGAUUGGACGAUAUCGCUGCGGACGCCGAAUUGCAAGAAAAACCUAUGUCAGAGUUACGUUAUUUGGGUGAACAGUUGCAAUCUCGUUGCGAAGCUUGCUUAUCCGAAUUUGAAAGUACAGCGAAAGAGAAUAAAGGCGAGGAAGAGGGUAAAGGGCCUGGUCGUAAAAGAGGAAGAGGUCCUACGUUUAAAAUGGGCGGUGUUAUGGUAAAUGCAAAAUCAUUUUCUGCUGCCGUAAAAGAAUUGGAACCUCUCGAUCAAGCACUUCCAUCGGAUGCCGAACAAAGAGCCAAUUGGCAUCUUGAUAUUAAAGUUAAACCGGCUAAUUUUGACUGCGAUUGGAAUUCCGAAGAUGAUUCUAAGCUUCUGAGGGGCAUAUAUCAGCAUGGUAUGGGCUCUUGGGAAGCUAUUAAAACAGAUGCCAGUUUAAAGCUCGGUGAUAAAAUUCUUCCCAAUGGUAGUAAGAUUCAAUGUAAACGGGUGACCGCUCGUGCUGAGUACUUGUUAAAGGUUCUUAAAAAGCAAAUGGAUUUCAAGCAUGGCGUGACACGAACAAGGAAACCUAGAAAACCAAAAGAAGUAAAAACAGCAAUUACUAAAGAAAUAAUAGAAGAAAAUGAGAGUUCAGGAGAAGAGAGUAAAAAGCUUAAGACAAAAAUCGAUAAAGUACCCAUAAAGAAAGAAGAAGACGUUAUUGUUAAAAAGGAAAUUAAAGAGGAACCCGAGGAGGCGUCUGAAGAGAAGAAGAAGGAGAAAAAGGUUAAGAAGGAUAAAAAGGAAAAUAAGAAGACUAAAAAGAAUAAACAAACUGCAGGACCGAUGCAUUUCACGGCAAAUAAUGAACCACGAGCUCUUGACGUUCUUGGUGAUUUAGAUCCAUCUAUAUUCAAUGAGUGCAAGGAGAAGAUGCGUCCGGUGAAAAAAGCUUUAAAAGCUUUGGAUAGGCCAGAUCAAUCAUUGAGCGAAGCAGAGCAAGUAGCCCAUACACGCCACUGUCUUGUUCAAAUCGGAAAUCAAAUUAAUACUUGUCUUGCAGAAUACAAGGAUCCUGAGCAAAUUAAAGAAUGGCGAAGUAAUUUGUGGUAUUUUGUAUCGAAAUUUACAGAAUUUGAUGCUAAAAAGUUAUAUAAAUUAUAUAAGCAUGCAACGAGAAAAGGUGGCGGAGACAGUAAUGUAAGCGUAACAUCUAGUCCUGAAAAGAAGGAAGAAACAAGUAAUUCAAAGAAACAUGAAAAAUCGUAUGACAAACAUAACGACAAACAAUUAGCGGAUUCCAGUAAUAAAGAUCGGCAAAAUAAGCGUAGAAUCGAUGAUAUAGAAGAUAGUUCUAACAGCAGUAUCCCAAGUAAGAAACAUGUUACAGCUAUUAAUGCGAUGAGCAAUAUUAGCAACACCUCAGCUGUUACUAUCGGUGCUAUUACAAUUACUCCUAUAACGUCAACCGCAAAUUCUACGUCGAGUACAACUAAUACAACGGAAACGUCAAGGCAUAAAGAACAAAAAGAUUCAAAGUCGAAAGAUAUGAAACGAGAUCGGGAACGAGACAGAGAUAGAGACAGAAGUCACAAUGAUAGAGGCAUGGACAGAUUAAAUUGUGGAAAGGAUGAACGGAUCAGAAGGGAUAGCGGUGGUUAUAAUAUGGGCGGACAUUAUAGUGGGAGUAGAGAAGACGAUCAUUGGAUCUUACCUAGGGAUACAAGAGAUAUGAGAGAUGGAAGAUUUACUGACCACAAACGUGAUAGAUUUGAAUCUUAUGGACGUCUGUCUGGUGGAUAUCAUCGAGAUAGAGAUAGAGAUAGAGAUCGUGGUAUGCAUAUAAACGAUAAAAGAAGUAAUUUUUACAGGUAUCCAUCUGGGCCACCGAGCUAUGGAUACGGUCCAGGUAGCUACGGAAGUGGAGGUGGCGGUGGGUAUGCACCCAAUGACAUGCCACCAAGCCAUUUUAGAGGUCGAGGAUAUCCAGGAGAUAGUUAUUCAAACGAAUGGCGACCUAGUAAGGAUUACAGAAGAGAUUAUGAUAGGAGGCCGCCACCACCAAAUGCCAAUUCCUAGUGCUCCUUUUGGGCGUUCUUAUGUAUUCUAAAACGGUUAUAAUUCCGUUGUAACGUCAUAUAAUUUUACACGACACAGCACUUAUAGUAGUGCUAAUUAACAGAAAGGAAAUGUGUGUUAAAUGUAUUAAAUUCAAUAUAUAAUCCUUUCUGUGAUUUAGCACCACUUAUGACUUGUAGCUAUGUAAAAAGUCGAUUCCACUGCUUACUUAACACGCAACAAAAUAAUUUUACAAUGAUCAACAGGUGAUCGUUUCAGGAAAACUUUAAAGAUAGAUUGUGCAAAAAAUGAUAAACUGAUAUAUGUAUAUAUAUGAUAUAUAUAUAUAUAUUAUAUAUAUAUAUAUAUAUAUAUAUAUAUAUAUAUAUAUAAAUAUCAGAUAUAUCAUUAAAACAUAAUUAUAACUUUUUUUAUAUGUUAGAGCUUUUAUGAGAGAUAUUCGUAACAGAGAUAAUACGCCAGUGAUUUCUAUCAAAUGAAAAAUUACGUUCAAAAGUCUUCUUUAAUUUAGAAGACAUGUCUAAUAUCUACUGUUAUUUAUACGUAUAACAAUUGUUUAACGCGAGUAAUUCUAUAGAACUGAGUUAUACAACAGUGGAUAUAGAUAUAGUUUAUACUGUCAUAUAUCGCUCCAAUUAACAAACCAAUUGUUUGAAACAAACAAAAUGCCUUCCCAUCCAUUUCAUCUCUCAUAUAUUUUGCAUUUCCAAUUCUUUAUGUGUAUAGGUUCAUUUUGGGUGUGUUACUUAGGUAGUAUCAUUCAUCAUUCAAAAAUCACUUCAUUUUCAAGAUUACUCCUUUGAUAUUUUAAGAUAUUAGUUCGUAAUGAAAUAAAUUUGUAUUAAGGCAUGAUUUCAUUGCCAGUUGGCUGACAGUCCAUAUAAUAUGAUGAGCAUGUUCCAAAAAUUUUAUCGACUUCUGUCAUAUAUACAUUUUUGCAUUUUGCAUAUUGCGUUAUAAUUUCGAUUGGAAAUAUGUUGGUAAAGGAAAAAUAGUAAGUCUAAUAUUUUGAUUAAAAUCAUACAUUGAAGUAUAACAAUAUGUCUUGUACUAGACAAUUCUAAGAUUUAUUAAAAUUUAUUGUGUCGUCGAACAAAUAGCUAUAUCAUAUACAUACUAUUCAAAGCGAUAACUCAAUUUUGAUCACUUUUUUUUCUAUUGAUUUUUAUAAAACUGUAUAUCUUGAUAUAAGAUAUAGAUAACUAUUCUCUACGUUUGAGUUAACUCCUUUAAAAUACAAGUUUGUAUCCUACCUGAAAAUAAGAGUGUGAAAUAAUGUAAAUAUUAGGAUAAGAUUAAUGGUUGUAUUCUAUUUAAUUGUAGGGCCUACAAGAGAGAUUGUACAACAGUUUCCUUUAAACUUGAUUAUAAAAAUAGGAAGAAUUGUUCAUCUCUCUCAGCCCUGCUUCAAUAAAAGAUGGAGGGAUAUAAUUAGAGAUAUGUAUAAGAAGAAAAAAAAAUUUUAAUUAUAUAAUUAUAAGACACUCUGAAAGAAUUUUGAUCUAUUGAAAUAUUUUUUAAUCCAACUCUUGAUAAUCAUGACAUUUAUAUAGCACUUUUCAGUAGGAAUACCGAAUGCACCAUUUAUCAUGUUCUCUGGUGUUUUGUAAAGUAUUCCGUUUUUCGUAUAUCUUAUCCAUUUCUCUUUCUCUCUCUCUCUCUCUCUCU